AUGGAGAGCCUGCGUCGGCAACUCAUGCAUUACGGCAAGCAAGUGUCGGAUAAGGACUUUGCCGAGACGCUUCGAGAACAUGUAUCACGGACCCACCGAGACGUCGUUCGACGGUUUUCGAAGCAUUACGUCGUCCGUGACGGUGGAGCCGUAAGACCCGUUCCGACUGCUGCCCAAGUGAUGAAUGCAUUGCGUGCAGAGUCAGCUCUUGAUGAGCGGGUUGCGUGUGAGGAGGAAUCGAAGCCAGCGCACAUCUGCUCGUGUGGCAAGCAGGCGCAGGAUGACUCACAGCAAUCCAAGAAGAACAAAAGCAAGGGCAAGCAGCAAAAAGGAAAGAGCCGGUAC